UACAAAAUUAGUACAUUUUCUUGUUUAAAAAUCUGUAUAAAUACAACACUAGAAUCCCAACAAUUAGCAAUCCGAAAGUAAUUGCUACAUACAAAGAACCAAAAUGUGUUCAUUUUCUCUAUGGUUUGUUUUAGGAUUAAUAUUCAUUGUGGGUAGUCACGUUGCACAAGCCAAAGACUCUCCAGCAAACUAUGUGAAGGCUCACAACAAAGCAAGAUCGGCAGUUGAUUCAUUUAUUAAAAUUCCAAAAAUUGUUUGGGAUAAAAAAAUUGCUGCUUAUGCACAGAACUAUGCUAAUCAACGCAAGGAUUGUAAACCGAUCCCCUCUGAUAGUGGUGGCCGUUACGGUGAGAAUAUUGCGGUGAGCACCGGACACAUCAGUGGAAGAAAAGCAGUGAAGUUGUGGGCGGAUGAAAAACCACACUUUGAUAACUAUCUUAACAAAUGUUUUGAUGGUGAAUGUCAUCAUUUUACCCAGGUUGUUUGGUCAGGUUCACUACGUCUUGGAUGUGGCAAAGUGAAAUGUAAUAAUGGUGGAACAUUUGUUACUUGUAAUUAUUAUCCCCCAGGUAAUAUUCCUGGCCAAUUACCGUACCAAUAAGGAGUGGUUCAUAUCAAGAAAAUGAUGAAAUAAGUCUUUAAAAUAAUGGUUUAAGGACAAACUUUUUUGCAAUAAAUAACUCCUCAAAUCUGUCUUCUCUUCACUUUUAUUUAGAUAAUAAAGUCUUGGACUUAACUAUUGAUAUUCUAUGAAACCCUGUUCUUAUUCUA